AUGGCCGAGCAAGAAAAAACAAAAAAUCGUCCUGGCAGUCUUAGCGACAAGGCAGACGAGGCGGACCCUAAAUUUUUUUCUACUGGUGAAACUCACUGUCCUGUUCAGUACCUUAAAAAGCUCAUUCAAGUUCUUAACCCUGUGGAAGAGGCACUUUUCCAAAGGCCAAACAGAAAUAUUUCCGCUAGCGACGAAAUCUG